GAUCAUUUCACACUUGCCCCAUCACCUCACUCAUGAGAACCAUGCAACUGAAUAAUAAUGUGACUGAGUUCAUUCUGCUUGGAUUGACACAGGAUCCUUUUUGGAAGAAAAUAGUGUUUGUUAUGUUUUUGCUUCUCUACUUGGGCACAUUGUUGGGUAAUUUGCUAAUUAUUAUUAUCGUCAAGACCAGCCAGGCACUUAAGAACCCAAUGUACUUCUUUCUUUUCUACUUAUCCUUAUCUGAUACCUGCCUCUCUACUUCCAUAGCCCCCAGAAUGAUUGCGGAUGCCCUUUUGAAGAAGACAACUGUCUCCUUCAGCGAGUGCAUGAUCCAAGUCUUUUCAUCCCAUUUCUUUGGCUGCCUGGAGAUCUUCAUCCUUAUCCUCAUGGCUGUUGACCGCUAUGUGGCCAUCUGUAAGCCCCUGCACUACAUGACCAUCAUGAACCACCGGGCCUGUGGUGUGUUGAUGGCUGCAGCCUGGGUGGGAUCCUGCGUGCAUUCCUUAGCUCAGAUUUUUCUUGCCCUGAGUUUGCCUUUCUGUGGCCCCAAUGUGAUCGAUCACUAUUUCUGUGACUUGCAGCCCUUGUUGAAACUUGCCUGUUCAGACACCUAUGUGGUCAACCUACUCCUGGUUACCAACAGUGGGGCCAUUUGUACAGUGAGUUUUGUCAUGCUGAUGUUCUCCUAUGGCGUCAUCUUGCAUUCUCUGAGAAACCACAGUGCUGAAGGGAGAAAGAAAGCCCUUUCCACCUGUGUUUCCCACAUCAUUGUGGUCAUCUUGUUCUUUGGACCUUGCAUAUUUAUAUACACACGGCCUGCCACCACCUUCCCCAUGGAUAAGAUGAUAGCUGUGUUUUAUACACUUGGAACACCUUUGCUCAACCCUCUGAUUUAUACCCUGAGGAACACAGAAGUGAAAAGUGCCAUGAGGAAGUUAUGGAGCAAGAAAUUGAUCACAGAUGACAAAAAAUAAAUGAAGAUUUCAAAUCCUUCUUCAAGUUUGGAGUGCCCUAGAAGAAAUCAAUAGAGAAUAUUAUCUUCUUAUUGUUGAUUUAAUGUAAUCUUGUCAUGGUGCAUGAGGGUUAGUUCCUUUGGGACAAGAGACAGGGUGGACAAAUAACACUGGUUAAUGUUGAGUUAGUUUUAUGUGGCUGAAAAGGCAGCAUGCCGUACAAACAGAUAUGUAAGGCUCAUUGCCUUCACUGCUGUCUCUGGUACUCCUGGCUGCUUGGUGUCACUUGUGGUUUAGAUCUGCAGUUUGCCUGUUCUUCUCCAUGUUUACUUCUGGAAUUCACUGCUAAUAGUUACCUAUCUAUAUGUCAACUGUCUAACAGGUUUUUCCCCUUCUUAAUGGUUUUCUUUAUUAGACAUGUUAGAUUCUUUAUACCUCAUGAUCAACUUAGUUGCUCUUCCUGACUCAACAGAAAGUACCAUAUUUCAAUAAUUGUAGAAGCUUUAUGUUGUAAGGAAUGGUAUACAUGGCCUAGGUAAUCUCCCUUUCAAUUCUUUGAGCUGUAUGCUGAAAUCUUUCCAUAAAUUCACCUCGAUACUUCUAGAACCGUGAUAGAACACAGAAAGAAAAUUUACCCUUGAUCUUAAGAAGACUAUCACUGAAAGAGUUCUUGAUCUUAAGAAGACUAUCACUGUUGGGGUUAUAGUCAUAUAAUUAUUAUUUUUGUAAAAUCACUUUUUGGUCCUAAUUUGAUCCCUUCUAAUUUGGAGGACUAUUAAUGUUUCUCUCAAACCAUAAUAAUUACAGUAAUUUGUUCAUAUUAGAAGGAUAUUAUGACUGUAGGAUAGAUAACUCAAAUUAAGGCAGAGAUACUAUGUGGGCUGGAAAUAAAGAGUGUAACCAGUUGGUUGCAGGAAAUUUGAAAC